CGGUGGGGGGGAGGUGAACAGAGAAAGCAGAAAGGCGGAGGCAGCGCAGGCUUGUGUGAUGGCGCUUCUACUGGUAUCCAUCUUAAUUGCUGCCAUCUCUAUGGCCCGCUGCUAUCCCACUGCCUUUCAAGACCUGGUGGAAAGUAGCAACAACAAAACCUCCAUUAAGUUCCUGGCUUUAGGAGACUGGGGUGGAGUGCCUUAUCCCCCGUACAUCACCGCUGUGCAGAAGGCUACUGCUCGAGAAAUGAGCAAGAUAGCAGAGCAGAUGGGAGCUGACUUUGUUCUGGCCCUUGGCGAUAACUUCUACUACAGAGGUGUGGACAGUGUGGAUUCUCCUCGGUUUAAGGACACUUUUGAGUCUGUGUACACUGCAAAGUCUCUCAGAGUCCCCUGGUAUGUGCUUGCUGGUAAUCACGACCACGCAGGGAACGUCAAAGCCCAGAUUGAUUACAGCCGCAAAUCUGACAGAUGGAAAUUUCCGUCUUAUUAUUACGAGCUGAACUUCCGCAUCCCCAACACUGGGAAGACCCUGACCAUCAUCAUGCUCGACACCAUCAUGCUGUGUGGCAACUCUGACGACUACACAGACGAGAAGCCCAGAGGCCCCCUCCGUGAGGUGGAUGCCAACCGUCAGCUGACUUGGCUGCAGGAGAGACUGGCUCGGUCUAAGGCUGACUUCCUGUUGGUGGCCGGGCACUACCCUGUGUGGUCUGUGUCCGAACACGGGCCCACAGAGUGUCUGCUGCAGAGGCUUCAUCCUCUGCUUAUUAAAUACAAGGCCACCGCCUACCUCUGCGGCCACGACCACAAUCUGCAGUACAUUGAAGAGUCCGGUGUCGGCUACGUGGUGAGUGGAGCCGGAAACUUCCUUGAUCCUGAUGUCCGUCACUGGCACCACGUUCCCAAAGGUUCAGUGAAGUUCUUCACCGGCCAAGCUUCAACGCUGGGAGGUUUUGUCCAUGCGGAGGUCACAAAGAACAAGAUGAUUAUGACCUUCUUCCAGGCCAAAGGCACCUCGCUCUACCGCACCGUCCUCGCUCAAAGGAAGUUUGAAUAGAUGAGCAAACGGGAACAGUCAUGUUGUCAAGCACAUACAGUAUCAGUCUACAGUGUAAUGGCUAUUAAUCCUGUAUUUUAAACUCUGGCAUUAAUAUUUGUUUUAAAGGGAAUCAACUUUUUACAUGUAAAUUUACUGUGAUAAAAGAAUAAAUGUGGUUUGUAAAGAA